AUUAUUGGCAACAUUAUGAUAAACAUGGCUUAGCAUUUUAGAAAAUAAUAAUAAAUCAUCAGCAAAUCUUGACAAGUUUUAACAAAAUUUAAAUUAAAUAAUUGAGAUUUAUAAAACUAUAUACCAAUACCAUACAUCAAUCAGAGUGCACUUCUUGAAUUUUAUUACGAUUUGAAAAUAAAAAUUUUAGUUAUAACUGAAAUGAGUUUUAUAUCAAUUUUUAUAGCAGCAUUGUUGAUCAGCAUUAUCGAUAAGCUGACUCUAAACAAUGAAAUUGAGACUUACAGAAUGAUUCAAUAGCUCAAUUCACUCUAGAUUUUUACUCUUAAGCUUUAAAAUUAAAAUGUUAAGAGUACGAAAAAAAUAUUUUUUAUGCUUCUUUGUGUCUUUAAUAUUACUCAGUGAAGCUAUUGAUAUUACUAAACAUCCAAACUGGGCACUAUUGGAGCAUCAAAAAUGUGGAAUAUCAAAUUCUGAUAGAAUAAUUGGUGGAAAAAAUGCUUCACUUGGAAUGUAUCCAUGGAUUGUUAGAAUUGGAUACAGUAAUUACGCAGAUCCAACUGGUGGUAUAUCAUACCGUUGUGGUGGAACUUUGAUUAAUAAACUUUAUGUUGUAACAGCUGCUCAUUGUGCAUCCAAUUUGCCUGGCAGAUUUAGAAUAUCAAUAAUAAGAUUGGGUGAGCACAACAGCGAAACUAAUCCUGAUUGUGAGAAUGGAUAUUGUGCUGAUCCUGUUCAAGAUAUUGAACCUUCUAAAAUAAUCAUUCAUAAGCAAUAUAAUAAACCACAUUUCAAAAAUGAUAUUGCUUUGAUAAGAUUAAAUCGACCAGCAAAAUUCCAUGAUUAUGUAUCACCUAUUUGUCUACCAAGUGGUCCUUUGUUAACAAAAAAUCUCACUGGAUCCAUAGCUGAAACCGCUGGAUGGGGGAUAUUUGAUAUAGACAAUCCAAAGUCGAGUAUUAUUCUCCAAACAAUCAAGUUACCUGUUUUAACAAUCGAUGAUUGUAUAAAACCGUUCAAAAAUCAUGCAAAACUUGAUGACAGACAAUUAUGUGUUGGUGGUAAAAUAGGUAAAGAUUCUUGUACUGGUGAUAGUGGAGGUCCAUUGAUGAAAGUUGAAUUUUUAAACGACUCUCCCAAGUAUUAUUUAAUUGGUAUUGUGUCUUUUGGAGCUAAACAUUGUGGACAAACAUCCAUGCCUGCUGUUUAUAGUCGACUUUCGGAAUAUAUGUAUUGGAUUUUAGAAAAUAUAUCACCGUAAAUAUUCAUUUUCUCUUCCAGGAAAUAUUUAUUGAAGUACAAUAAAACUCUGAUCUUGAAUAAAUAA